UUCCCUAGGCGGCGGCGCGGCGGCGGAGGCAGAGCGGCGGCGGCGGCGGCGGCGGCGGCUGCCCGGCCAGCACUCCCGGCCCCCGCCAUUUCGGACUGGGAGCGCGCGCGGCGCAGGCACUGAGGGCGGCGGCGGGGGCCAGAGGCGCGGCGGCUCCCGGGUGCGGGAGAGAGUCCAACUUUAUUUGACAAUCCUCCACCCAGCCGCCAUCUGAUUCUUGCUAACUAACCAUCCACCACACUGUGAUGAUGCUUUUUAAGUCUUCUAUAGCUGUUGGUUCCAACAAAGACAUCCAGCAUAUGCAUUUGCAAUUCUUAGGGACUAGAGUCAACUAGGAAUACUAUUGAGGCCUGCUGAAAAUGACUGAAUAUAAGCUUGUGGUAGUUGGAGCUGGUGGCGUGGGCAAGAGUGCCUUGACGAUACAGCUAAUUCAGAACCACUUUGUGGAUGAAUAUGAUCCUACGAUAGAGGAUUCCUACAGGAAACAAGUAGUAAUUGAUGGAGAAACCUGUCUCUUGGAUAUUCUCGACACAGCAGGUCAAGAGGAGUACAGUGCAAUGAGGGACCAGUACAUGAGGACUGGGGAGGGCUUUCUUUGUGUAUUUGCCAUAAAUAAUACUAAAUCAUUUGAAGAUAUUCACCAUUAUAGAGAACAAAUAAAAAGAGUUAAAGACUCUGAAGAUGUACCUAUGGUCCUAGUAGGAAAUAAAUGUGAUUUGCCUUCUAGAACAGUAGACACAAAACAGGCUCAGGACUUAGCAAGAAGUUACGGAAUUCCUUUUAUUGAAACAUCAGCAAAGACAAGACAGGGUGUCGAUGAUGCUUUCUAUACAUUAGUUCGAGAAAUUCGAAAACAUAAAGAAAAGAUGAGCAAAGAUGGUAAAAAGAAGAAAAAGAAGUCAAAGACAAAGUGUAUAAUUAUGUAAAUACAAUUUGUACUUUUUUCUUAAGGCAUACUUAAGUAAAAGUGGUAAUUUUGUACAUUACACUAAAUUAUUAGCAUUUGUUUUAGCAUUACCUAAUUUUCUUUCUACUCCAUCCAAACUGUUAGCUUUUAUCUUGAAUGCUUAUUUUAAAAUGACAGUGGAAACUUUUUUCCUCUAAGUGCCAGUAUUCCCUGAGUUUUGGUUUUUGAACUAGUAAUGCCUGUGAGAGACUGAAUACCUGAGAUUUCUGUCUUGGGCUUUUUGGUGCAUGCAGUUGAUUACUUCCUAUUUUCCUUACCAAUUGUGAACUUUGUGGUGAAACAAAUUAAUGAAGCUUUUGAAUCAUCCCUGUUCUGUGUUUUAUUUAGCCACGUACUUGGAUUACUAAUAAUAACUUCAGUUGUGAUUUCAUGAUUGGUUUUACUGAAACAUUGAGGAAACAUGAAUUUAUGGAUGUCGUAUAGAUUCAUCUUGUAGGCAUCAUGUCCUAUAAUUUCAGUCACCCCUAAUGAAUAUAAAGUUACACUGUUCACAAUGGUUUCCUCCCUCUUUCCACUGCUAUUUGUCAUAGUCACGCUCCCAAAAAUACUAUAUUUUUUCUAUAAAAAGGGGAAAAAAUGGAAAAAAAUAACAAGGCAAUGGAAAACAUUUAAAGGCCAUGUACUUUCCACAUUAGAUAAAUUCCUAUAGUACUCUGAAUAGCUUUUCCUGUUGAGGCAGUCCCAGUAUGUAAUGCGAAUUAUAGCAACCAUUUUGGGGCUAUAUUUACAUGCUACUAAAUUUUUGUAAUAAUUGAAAGAAUUUUAACAUGCAUAAAAAAUUCUCAUAGGAAUUAGAGUUUCCCUGUGCCCUUUCCUCUUUCUUAACAUAACUUUAAGUCUUUUCUUGAACUUCAGUCUGAAAAUAGUUUUAAUUCUGGUAGUGAUGUGAAAGAUUAUUUGGGCCAGUUAGCUUAGUAGGUGUUAAAGAGACCAAGGUUGCAGUGGUCGCCCAGGCGGGAGCCUUUGAGCUUCACUGAGAGUUUCCCAGUGUGGACUGCGCCCCUGUGGUCAUUCAGUGUUGUCGUGCAUUGAUUGGUCAAAAAUGGGGACUAGGAGAGGUUUAGAUAGAUACACUUCUCACUGUGUGGUGAUCCUCCUGACAGGGAACGUCACUCUUGUUUUGAAAACAAAAUUUUAAAGGAAUUAUUUUAAAUGAGAUUUUGGUGUGGGGGUGGCAAGGCUAAUUUUUUUUGGACAAUGAAGUAAAAAACUCAAAAUCUCCAAUAUUGCAGGCUAGUUCUCAGGACUGGCUAAAGUAACAUUUCAUAAAGACUUUACAAGUCUGGUCAUAUUUUAAGAGUAUCUAAUGCUUAAAAAAUAGAUGAUUUAAUACUAAGAAAAUGAUCCUUUCAGUGCAUUUAAAAUGUUACUUUAAAAUAGUUGAAGAGAUGGUAUGUUGAGGUGAAAAUAUCACUGGACUAGGAGGAAGGUGACUUAAAUUCUAGUUAUUUGUCUUUUUCAACUCUGAUUUUGGGCAAAUCACUUACUAUUCUAUCCAUUUCUUCAUGUUAAAAGAAGUCAUCUCAAAGGCUAUUUCUAGCAUUACAAUUACGUGAUUCACAUUGAGUUUACAUAAGGAUGCACCUAUUUGUCAGUCUCAGCACAACCUGUAACUUUUACCUGUGUUACCAUCUUCAGUGCCAGUUGUAGGCAAAAUUGUGCAAGAGGUGAAAUUUAUUUUGGAAUAUCCAGUUUCAGGACUUCUCUCCCAUUUGAGUGUUAUCUUGCCUGCCUACCCUCUACAUGCCCAUGACUCAGUGCUUGUUUUCUGAGUAUUUCCAAUUCCCCUAAUCUCAAGAUUUAUUGCUCUUUUGGGUAUGGGUAUCUCCAUGAAAGCUUACCAUCACAUCACACCAAAAUGUCCUACAUCUUAAUUCCUCAGGCUCAACAUAAUGGACAGAAACUGUAAUGGGAUUUGACCUAACAGCUAAUUUUCAGGUGGUGGCUGAAGCCAUUUAAUCUUGCCCUUUCUGAACAUCAUAUGUUCAAAAUGAUCAUAUAACAGCACUUGGUCCAUUAAUGACCACAUAGGAAUUGUCAUACCUGCAAUGAGUAGACAAAAACCCUAUUCAAUGGAAGGAAAAUUUAAAAAAGGGAGUGAAGAAACAGCUCCUUAGAUAACUGCACUAGGACUAGCCCUGGAAGCAACAAUAUAUUCCAUUGUUUUAAUAACUAAAAUCUUACAACGAAAAAUUCUUCAAAAUGUAAUUCAUAAAGGUUACUUUUAGCAGAAUUCAUUUAUUCAAGAAAUAUUUGAGUGCCCACUAGAUGCCAGGGACUACACAGGCACUGGGGAUAUUACGGUGUCCCCAAACAGGGGCCAUAAUCCCAUAUCCUUAAGUAGUACUUUUAUCCUAGAGUGGUCUGUAAUAUCUUAAGCAUUUGGGACAUGACCUGCAGAUACCAUAAUGCCUAUUUUAGCUUGGCAAAGAAGGAAUUUGGUCUCUAAGGUUUCUUCCAAUUGUAAAAUAAUAGUUUUGCUUUAAUUCCAAUGUAACUUUAAUCAAUCUACUUUACAUAAAUCACUUCAUUGUUUUAAGGGAGUAAACCUGAUUACGUUGUUUUUUAUUUGACAUAACUAUGUGAUUCUACUGGAGCAGUUAGAGUACACAUUAAGUUGUAUGUCAGAUAAUAAUAUUAAAAUUCCCAGUGUGUAAUAUCUGGUUUUUCUCUUUAUACAAUUAAUUAAAAUAGACUUUUUAGUUAAAUAUUGAAUUCUGAAAUAGUUUUGUUAUCUGGAUAUGAAUAAACAGAUGCCUGGACUAAUUCACAGAUUUUACUGUGUAAAAAUCAGUAAGAUUUCUGAAAUGCUGUGCUAAACUACAGGUAUAUGGAACAUUAUCCAGAAAAGGUGUCAACAUUUUUAUAGUAUUUCCUUUUGUUUCCACACGAGAAAGAAAUGGCCAUACUUCAGGAAUUAUAGUGUACCAACUGAGGGAUUUUUAGGACUCCUGUAUUUUUGAUGUGGCUGGGCAACUUUUUAUUUAAGGCAGUGGUAAUAUGAGACUUUUUUUGUGGGAAUAUUGAAUGGUUUGACAAAAGGUUGGUUUUUGUAGAAAUCUUAAAACGGGAGAGAGAAUCCUAGAAAUAACAUAAAUGUUAUCUAAUUAUUACAGUCUUGUUGAAGUUGAAAAAAAUUGCUAGAUUACAGUCUUAGACCUUAACAUGUUUGUGGAAGAAGGCAGCAGAAGCAUGUAGUAUAAUUUGAGUGAAUAUUCCAAAUUAGAAACUCUAGGCUCUAUUUUAACUGAGUCACACUGCAUAGGAAUUUAGAAACUUUUAUAGGUCAUCAAAACCUUUACCACCAUUGCACAAUUUUGUCCUUACAUAGAACUGUUGUGAAGCAUGUUAAAUUGCAGUUUGCACAAAUUCAUCUCAUUUGUAUUCGUGAUUUUUUUUCUUGUAACCAUUCUUUUAUACUAUACACAUUCAGCUUUUUUUGUAGGCAGUUAAAACUAUCUUGUCAUUUCCAUUUGUCAAAAAGUAGUACUUUCUUGAUAAUUAUGUAUUAAUGAUUUUUUUUAAACCCGUAAGUUACUUUGAAGCUGAAUUAAUAUUUAAUAACUUAUGUUAAUAUUGGUUAGCAUGAAAUCUGUAUUGAGAAACUAAACAGCAUACAACCGGUAGUUGUAAAUUCCUUCAGAAAAAAAUUAUUUCUGAAGAUAUAUUCAUAUCAGUUCUUGAAGAAUAGUCAUAACUAGAUUAAUAAUUGCUUUAGUUUAAUAGUUUUAAGUGCCUGCUUGGGAUGAUGACAGGCAAUUUAGAUGAAUUUAGGGAAAACAGAGUUAUUACCUGCAGAAAUGUCAACUACAGCGGGUCCCACUGCCCGUAGAGCUAACUGGGUUAUGUAAUGUUUUAUCCAAAAGUUUCCAAUUCCACUGUCUUGUGUUUUUAUGUUGAAAAUACUUUUGCAUUUUUCCUUUGAGUGCCAAUUUCUUACUAGUACUAUUUCUUAAUGUAACAUGUUUACCUGGAAUGUAUUUUAACUAUUUUUGUAUAGUGUAAACUGAAACAUGCACAUUUUGUACAUUGUGCUUUUUUUUUUUUUUGUGGGACAUAUGCAGUGUGAUCCAGUUGUUUUCCAUCAUUUGGUUGCGCUGACCGAGGAAUGUUGGUCAUAUCAAACAUUAAAUUUAAAAUUGACCACUCUUAAUUAAAAUUAACUUUCAAAUGCUUAUAGGAGUAUGUGCUGUGAAGUGAUCUGAAAUUUGUAAUAUUUUUGUCAUGAACUGUACUGCUCCUAAUUAUUGUAAUGUAAUAAAAAUAGUUAUGGUGACUAUG